CAUUGUUGUUUACAACCGGAAGUAGCUACAUAGAGGAAAAAGAGAAGAAGAAGACGCGUUAGCUAUGGUGUUAGCAUGACUUACUUGUUAGUCAGUUAGCUGUCGUUAGUAACCUGUCACUCGGUGCAAAGCAACAACAUGUCAGUGCACUUCGAAGAGAGGAGCGGUGUCGUUCCCUGUAAGACACCCUGGGGAUCCUGGUACCAGACCAUGGAGGAGGUUUUCAUCGAAGUUAAUGUGCCUCAUGGGACGUCUGCUAAAGAAGUCAAGUGUCAUUUGGGAUCCAGAGACAUCGAGCUGCACGUCAAAGGGAAGGAAAUAAUCAAGGGAAAGUUGUUUGACACAACCGUGUCUGAUGAGGCUACUUGGACACUAGAGGAUAAGUGUCUAAUCCGGAUCAUUCUGAUGAAGACCAACAGAGAAGCAGGGAACUGCUGGUCCUCCUUGCUGGAGGGGGACUACUGCGCCAACGCCUGGGUCCAGGACCAGAUGCAGAGAAAGCUUACACUGGAGAGGUUCCAGCGGGAGAAUCCUGGAUUUGACUUCAGCGGUGCAGAGAUCUCUGGCAAUUUUGCUGGUGGCGGUCCGGACUUUUCCAGUUUACAGAAGUGACUGUUGCCACAGUGUUAAAAACCUGUUACCCACUGGAGAUGUCCCCUCUUCCUCCUGAUGAACACUAGAGGACAUCUAUGACCCACAGGAACAGUGGAUCCUUCAGGUCUUGUGUAAGAGAAGUGAAAACGUCUUGCCAUCAGGGAACUCAUAUUUGGCAGUCAGCAAGACGUGACUGUGCAGCAGAGACUUGAUACAACAGCAUAUUAAUCUCUUUUCUUGGCUGUGGACUGUUGCUAAGCCUGAUUGAGCAGAUUGCAAAGUCAUUCAUUUUACAAGCAGAAUAGUUAAAGGCAACUGUUGUCAUAAAAAAAAAAAAUCCUUGGAGCGGUCUUUGAUAAUGAAACAAAUGCACAAAUUAGUAACUUUUCAAUAAAGUUUUAUUGAAAGGUGCAAGUACAUGGGUUAACCAGAUGCUGUAUUCAAUUGGCCAUUUUUAAUUUUGAGAAUUUGUCACUAAAGAAAACUAGACAGGGAUGUGGGCAAAAAAAAAAAAAAAAAAAAAACCUAUACCAAUUUCAGUCCACAUUUCCACUGCACUUUCAAAUUUUUUUAGUGUUCUCUACAUAGCUUGACAAUAGAAAUCAAUACUAUAUGUGGCACUUCAGCUUCACUCAGUUGCCAAAAAUAAUUUAGUGAAAACAAGUCAUAUGUAACUGCUGAUGACAUUUCACCUCAGACAGUAUGGUUAGCCAUGUGUGACAGGAUCGUCACUGGAGAAAACCUGAGAUCCAUCACCAUAUCUCAGAAAAAAAAAAA